AUGAAGACUACUUGUUGGGCGGGAUUCUUAGCAUUGGCUGGGACGGCGCUGGCCCACGCCCACCACGAUGAUGCGGAGGUCGUCCCCCAGAGUCUGCGCGAGGAAUUGCUGAAGAAGUGGGAUCAGGAGUUUACGUUCUCCGGCAUCGCCAGCUUCGCCCACUUGAAGCCCGUCAAGUGCCUGGUCGAGCCCGAUGAGCGAUACGAUAUCGCGGUCAUUGGCGCUCCCUUUGACACAGCCGUCAGCUACAGACCCGGCGCUCGUUUCGGCCCCCGUGCCAUCCGCGCCGCCAGCGCCCGCCAGAUGGCCGGCACCAGCUACAACACCCGCGCAGGAAUCAACCCGUACAGCUCCUGGGCAACGGUGAAGGACUGCGGCGAUAUCCCCAUCACGCCGUUCGACAACGGGCUCGCCGAGCGCCAGAUGUACGAGGCCUUCCUGGAGCUCGGGGUCCGCCCCGCCGCGACCCCCGCCGACUCCCGGUACGGCACGAAGGGCAUUUCCGCCGGGCGCGCGAAGCUGGUGACGCUGGGCGGCGACCACAGCGUGGCGCUGCCGGCGCUGCGCGCGCUGUACCAGAUCUACCAGAAGCCGAUCACGGUGCUGCAUUUCGACGCGCACCUGGACACGUGGAACCCGGUGCGGUACUCGGCCUACUGGAUGUCGGAGCAGUCGCACUUCAACCACGGCAGUUUCUUCCACAAGGCCAGCCGCGAGGGGCUGAUCUGCAACGCGACGUCCGCGCACGCCGGCCUGCGCACCCGGCUCACCGGCAUCGAUGACAGCGACUACACAAGCUCCAACACCCCCGAGCAAGGGUUCAUGCGCAUCCACGCCGACGACAUCGACGAGCUGGGCCCCGUCGGCAUCAUCGACAAGCUCAUCGACCGCAUCGGCCUCGACAGGGACCAACCCGUCUACCUCUCCGUGGACAUUGACGUGCUGGACCCGGCCACCGCCCCAGGCACGGGCACCCCGGAGCCCGGAGGCUGGACCACCCGCGAGUUCAUCCGCAUCCUGCGCGGUAUCGAGAAGCUCAAUGUCGUCGGCGCGGAUAUCGUCGAAGUCUCGCCGAGCUACGACAACAUGGGUGAGACGACCGCGCUGGCCGCGGCGCAGGUUGCCUUUGAGAUCAUCACGAGUCUCGUCAAGGCCGGUGCCGGCGAGGAUCUAGGCGGCUGGUACGGACGUAAGGUUGAUGGCGAGGUUUCUGUGGAAGAAGAGAUUGUUCGUGAGGAAGCGCAGGCGAAAGAUGAAUUGUAA